CGACAUCUAGAAUACAGCUGUGAAUUUAUAGUACGACCGCCAUGACAGCUGAUGCAUUUCGUAUCGCUUGACGUUUGGUCAGAACAUGUCAUUUUGCACAUUUAAUUUCAACAAAUGGCAGACUUCUUUUUCGGUUUUGAUACGUCGCUUGCAAAUAACAGUUUAGAGGAUGGUCUUGGGUGUCCAUUCGAGGAAGAUGAUCUGGGAGAAGAGGAAGAAUACGAUGCUCUAAACGAUGAAACAUUUGGUUCUGAAGCUACUAUUGGCGAUUGGGAGAAAGAUCAUGAAAAACUUGCCGAGAUUACAGAAUCCAGUCGUCCUCAUCAUCAAAGUACUUUAGACAAAAAAAAUGUAACUGAUACAGAUAUUGAAGAUAAUUUAUCCCACUUGGUACUAGAUGAGAAAGAAGGUAUCAUUCCACGCCCUGGAGUAUGGGAUUGUCCUUCCAACUUAUCCCUUCCUAAACUUCGACCACCAUUAAGCUUAACAUCCCCAUUAACCAAUGUUUGUACGGUUGAACAACUAGAAAAGGGAUUAAUUGCAAACAGGCCACCACCUAGAUUAAAUAAACCUGUUCAGACGCAGCAGCAACAACAUCAACAACAACAGAAAUCCGAUGGAUCGCUUUUGUUUGAAUCUUUAUCUGCACCGCCGCGCUUCCCACCGGGGUUGGGUAUACCACCUCCGCAUCCUGUUGUUUUACCACCAAACGUGAGAUUUCAUCAUCCUCAGUUUUUACAGCACCCUAGAUUAUUACCAAAUCAAACUGGAAAUGUAUUAAGAUAUCCUUUAGCGGCACAUUUGAUGCUCCCACAUACUGCUCAGCGGCAACCAAUUCAUAAUUCAUUUUGCAAUAAUUUUCCACCACAAGCACCGCUUUCGAAUUUAUGUCCUCCUCCAUUUCUACGAGCCGACCAUAGCAUAAUACCUCCUUUCUCUAGCAAUCAGACUGGUCAUCAGCAACAGCAACAUUCUUUUUCGCAUUCUGGAAAUCAAAGAAAUCAAAAUAGAGCUUUCCACCAUGGGGAACAACAAGGAAAUCAUCAACCAUUUUUUAAGAAUAACCAGUAUCAUCGUAACCAUGAUCGAAAUAAUCAGCGACAAUAUCAUUAUAAUCAUCACUGUCAAGGAAUAAAUGGUGUGAUAGGUUCGGGAGAAUACGAUGAAUACGCCGGUCUCAUGAGUAGUCGAGAGAAACAGUGGUUAAUUAAUAUUCAAUUAUUGCAACUUAACACAAACGAGCCAUAUGUUGACGAUUAUUAUUAUAUCGUUUUCUGCGACAGAAGAAACAGACAGAGUAUAAAUCAAGAACAAAAAGAUAAAAAGCAACACAACAAUAACAAUAAUAAUAGUUAUCAUAGAGAUUCCAGGGAUCGAGAACAACCACAUGUGCUUUCAAGGCCCAUAUAUAUACCAGCACAGUUUGAAAAUUCUUUGGGAAAAUUACAGUUCGCCAGUGUUAUUGCACCGCGAAAAGUCAUUGACAUGGAUGUUGUACCGAAUAGUGAUCCUCAAUUAACUACUCAAAUACAACAAAAAGAUACGAAACGGACAAGGCAAUUGUUACUGGAAAUUGAAAGGUUAUAUAUAAUCCAAUUGAGACUAGAAGAUCUGCACAAUCCUUUGGCUCUGCUUAACGAACAACAACAAAAUCAAGAAGGCGAAAACGAAGCAAAUAAUCAUAAGAAAAGCAGUACAGAUUUAAUAAAUAUGAUGUUAUCGGCUUUUCUCCAGUUAAUACAAGAUGAUAAAUUACCAAGCAUGCUAAGUAUUCGAAAAGGAAAGACGCUAUUACUGAGGUUUUUCCCAUAUUUGAAUGUAACGGAACAUCGCAAUCAAUUAGAAGAAAUAUGGAAUGUGAUAUUUCGAGGAUUAGCUAUGAUAGGACGUAGAGAUUCCCAUCUAUUGAUGAGUCUGCAUUCGGAAUUUCAACGUUGGUUCGAUACCGUACACAACUUCGGUACAAUACUUCGACUAGCUCGAUCGCUGUCUGACUCCGCUAGUCAACCAAUCAAGAACAACAGUUUAGCUUUUGCACUGACAAAUAAGUUUGGUGUAUCUGUAAUUGCUUCGAUGUUCGAACAAGCAGAAAAAUUAUAUACCACGGAUGAUUCUUCGUCUUCGGAUUGGUCAUCUUUCAUAACAAACAUCAUCGAAAUAAUUGGUGAAACUCCACCCUGUGUCGCACCUUGUCGACCGAUUGCUGCAAAUACGCUCAAUCAGCAUUUAAAUCGACUAUCUCAUUUAAAAUGUGGGAGAUAUACAACUCUGGAACUUCUACUAACUGAUGCCAAUCCUUCUCGAUAGUUGAACGUUAUUAGAUAUUUUUUGGCAUUUCAUUAAAACUUGCUUUUUAUUAUUAUCAUUAUUAUUAUUAACUGAACGACAAAUUACACUGAAGGAAAAUCGCAAAUAUUUUAAUACUGUUACAACGGUUAAGAUUAAUCAAAUAUUUCUUGCAUAUAACUAAAUAUUUUAGUAUAAUCAAUACCCAAAUUCCACAUAAUAAACGUAUGCCUCUUGCGUUUAUUUGCAAACAUAACGGUAUUUAUUAUAUCGAUAAUAACGCGGUUAUUGCUUAAUAUAUCUUGUAUGGUGUUUAUAAUUUUUCUUUUUCUAAGUUUACUACGUAAAGCAGGUAUUGAUUAUACAUAUUCAACGCAUAACUUACACAUCAUACUUUCCUAUGCUCUUUCUUCGUCGUUCUCCUAUUUUCCCUUUUUUGCUUUUGUAAAGUAUAUUUCUAGCAUGAUUUUUUUUAAACGGAAAUCCAAUUCCUAUAUUAUGUCUAUUAUAACAUAAUACCUCGCGGUCUUGUAGAUGUGUACGGUAUAUUGUUUAAAUUGCGUUUGAACUUUAAGAACUUUAUUGAACGUAUUAUCAUCGUUCGUUAAUUGAA